AUGGUCAGUCUACAGAACGUCGGGGCAUUUCUCGCCGCACUAUUCGUCUUUCCCCUGUCCGAGCAAUUCGGUCGUAAGAAGACCGUCCAGGUGGCUAUGAGCGUUUUCUGCGUCGGUGUCAUCCUCCAGGUGGUGCCGUCCCACUCUUUGGUAUGCUUCUAUAUCGGUCGCUUCGUGUCUGGGCUCGGCCUCGGAGCAGGCACCGCAGUCGUUCCGACAUACAAUUCCGAGAACGCGCCCAAGGAAAUCCGUGGUAUGCUGGGCUCGGGGGUCCAGUGGCUCUUUGCUCUUGGCGUGAUGAUCAGCUACUGGGUCGAUUAUGCCGUUCAGCAGACGCUGCCAGUCUCCUCGAAACAAUGGCAGAUCCCUGCCAGUCUACAAUUGGUGCCAGCCACCGUCUUGGCCGUGGGACUGUGGACACAGCCGGAGAGCGUGCGCUGGCUUGCCAAAAAAGGGCGCUAUGAAGAGGCCUGGCAGAACUUGAUAUGGAUGAGAGCUAGUGAUGGACCCGAUGUCAAAGCCGAGUUCAAUGAGAUUCGAAUGGGUAUGCUCGAAGAACUUCGUGCGACAGAGGGAUUGAAAAAACGGGAACUUCUAGAACCCGCAAAUCGCUACCGUCUGGCUCUGGCGGUAUUCAUCUUUUGUGGACAGCAAUGCACCGGCAUGACUGCCUUGGCCUACUUCGGUCCUCAAUUCUUCAAGCUUCUGGUCGGGAAUGACAGCAGUCGGUCCCUACUCAUCACGGGCCUGUUUGGUGCUGAAAAAUUCGUCAUGGUUGGAAUUUACAUCUUUUUCUUCUCGGAGAGAUGGGGACGCAAGCCUACCUUGUGGAUAUCGGCCCUCUUGAUGUCGGCGUGCUUCGUGAUCGUCGCCGUGGUCAACAACACCACCCCCAAGCCGCAACAAGAAGUCACCGCGUCCGGGAUCGCAACGGUGGCGAUGAUAUUCCUCACGAAUUCCAUUUAUCAAUUCAGCUGGGGCCCAUUGCCCUGGCCUUAUACCACAGAGAUAUUCCCAUCGCGGAUCCGCGAAAUCGGCUCCUCCGUCGCCGUCGCCACACAAUGGCUCUUUAAUUUUCUCUUCUCCCUUGUGACGCCUUACAUGCAGGCGUCGUGGGGCAGCUAUACCUUUCUAUUUUACGCGGCGCUGGACCUCAUCAUGGCCAUUCUAGUGUGGUUCUUCGUGAAAGAGACCAAGGGCAAGAGUUUGGAGGAGAUGGAGACCAUCUUUAACAGCAGAGCUGCAUUUGAUGUGCAGGUUGUCCGUGGCGAAGAUCAAGAACCUAAUGAAGACAUCUCGACUCUGAGUGUGUCACACAAGGACUCAAGUGCGCGAGGGUCAAGUGCGCAGGUGGAGGAUAUGUUGUAA